UUUCUCUAUCCUCUCUUUCGUUUCUCUGUCUUCUCUUUCAUUUCUCUUUCGUUUCUCUAUCUUUUAUUGAACCAGCAUAUGUUUUCUCACUUUUGCUACCCACGCAAUCCAUGAGCUACCCAGAAACGGAGUCGUCCUGUUGUGAACUAACAUUGACAGACUGGUUGCAGCAGCUUCAAGUAGCGAGACAACAACUCUGCGUCGACAAGCGUGUACCAGCAGAAGUAUGGGAAAAAAUCUGCUCCUAUCUCUAUCCCUCUCAACUUUCUCGCCUUUCUCGGGCCAGUCGGUCGCUCUAUGAGCUGGUUGCGAGCUUGAAAGUUUGGCACUCCUAUUAUAUGCGGCUGGCUGGUACAGGAUUGCUAAAUCUAUUCCGCCGUCUUCCUGGCACUCCACUCUACAAGACCUACAUGCAAUACAUAUUUGCUCUCAGCUACCACAUCUGUGAGGGUUGUUCAACCUUUUCAAGGCCUCUAUGGAAUCUUCAAGACUUCGGCGCCAUACCUCUUCCGGUCCUGGAGUGGCCAGACACAGUCGAUCCAGCAAAACCUAAUAACAGAAACAUCGAACCGGAUCGAGAGCAAUGCCAAAGCGUGAUUCGCCUCUGCAGAUCCUGUCGCUGCAAGCUUUUCAGCGUCCACUCGGAACCCAUUCUGGAAAAUGCUGCACUUGAGGCAGCCAGAAGCGCUUUCGGAGAUGCUGUCGGUAUCCGAGCGCACAAUGACACACCAUGGGACCUCAUUGACAGGAGCCGCAAAAAGCUGGACACCUACUAUUUGGCACCGAAUAAAUCUCUGUGUCAAGGUCGAUCUGUUGAAUGCGGGACGCAUGAAACAUACUGUUACUACCACCAUUGGUGUAUGGAGCGGCUUUUUCCGAUUAAUUCUCGCGCUGGCCUUCCACAUGCGUUAGGGAUCUCUAUGAAGCAUUAAAGAACGCAUCUCUUUUGUUAAGCACCUGCGACAAUCUUAAUCAGUACUUCGUCAAACGUUCGUACUCCACAAUCAAUGCUUC